AUGAAUAAUGAAGAUAUUAGGGAAUUGAGGAUUCAUAUUGGUAAUAUAUCUCCUAAGUUGGCCGAAAACCAGCUGUCGUUAGAAACUAGAUUAGGUAAAUUUGGAAAAAUUGUCAAGCCAUUAGAGUUACAUACAAAACCGAUCCAAGACUUCUAUUUUGGAUUUAUAACAUUGGAACUCAGUAACGUAAGCCUCGAAAAGCUAAAGAAUGCAUUUCACGGGAUUCUUUUCAUGGGAAUGAAAUUAACUGUAGGUAUUGCUAAACAAAAUUUUCCCGAAUCGUGGAUACAAGACUCCAAGAGACCAGAUUUAUUGAAGCUUGACAGAAUAAAAAGAGACCGGAUUCAAAGAGCUAGGACUCAAAGAAUAAAUGAGGCAAAUACUCCGUAUUUUAUGAAUAACAUCGAUGGUUCUAUCGUCGUAAGCUCGUUGAACAUUGGUGCAAAUGCAGCUUUGGGGUACUCGAAGUCUAGCCACACUUUUAAUGACAUGUCUGGAAACACGAAACACACUCAACCAACUCAGACUUUGGUUGGUACGAAAUCGUAUAGUACGGAUACAUUGCUGAAGGAUGUUGCAUGUCAAUCAUACUCCAGAACUUCCGGAAAAGGGGAGAUCAUUAAAGGUAGACAUAGAGUCACUAAGAGACCACAUAUUCAUUUUGCAAAGGGGCAUCAAACAUUGCGAAUUUUGAUUAACGGUGAAUUGAAGCAAAUACAAGGUUACAAGACGAAGCUAUGGGGAAUGGAAAAGCACAAAACUGCAAGAGAUUUGACUUGGAAAUAUCAUAACGGUACUUGGAGAAGUGGAGAUGAUCAUAUAAUCGAGAAAAACACUACAGUAAAGAUCAGGGAUCCAAUUAUCGGAGGACCGCAACCCAUAGAAUGUGGAAUUGAUGGAGAAAAGGCUGAUAAUUAUGGUGCCGACAUUGAAGUGGAUUCUGAAGAGAAUGAAUUAAAAGAAGAAAGAAAUAAGAAUACUGCUGUAUUAGCUUCCUUGUUCACCAAUUAUGACUUUGAUAAACCAAUGGAUCUAAGCGACGUCGAUGAUAAUGGAAUCGAUGAAAAAGACAUUAUUUAUGAUAGUAAGGGACGUCGUAAAGUCAACAGAUAUGAUUAUGAAAUUGAGGGCAAGGAAGAUGAUGAUGAAGGUGAUGUGUCUAAAUAUAAUAUUGAUUCUAAGAAGGCUAAAGAAUUAAUCGAUUCCUACAAGCAAAUUUCAGAAAGACCUAAAGAAGAGAUUUACUUUGAUGAAGAUGACGAAGGUAACGAGUUAGAUUUAGACGCAUUGGGUAAACAAUACACUACGGAGGCAAUCAGCGAAAAAUAUGACGAAGACCAUGGAUUUGAGGUUGUGAAAACCAGUAUUGACGUAGAAGAAUCUGAUGAGGAAAUGGACGAAGCAGAAGCAGAAGCAGAAGCAGAAGCAGAAGCAGAAGCAGAAGCAGAAGCAGAAGCAGAAGCAGAAGCAGAAGCAGAAGCAGAAGCAGAAGCAGAAGAAGAAGCAGAAGCAGAAGCAGAAGCAGAAGCAGAAGCAGAAGCAGAAGCAGAAGCAGAAGCAGAAGCAGAAGCAGAAGCAGAAGCAGAAGCAGAAGAAGAAGCAGAAGAAGAAGCAGAAGAAGCAGCAGCAGAAGAAGCGGAAUCAGAAGAAGCGGAAUCAGAAGAAGCAGAAGAAAGCGAAGAGGAAAAAGAAGAAGAGGAAGAAAAAGAGGAAGAAGAUGAAGAAGAAGAUGAAGAAGAAGAUGAAGAAAAAGAGGAAGCGGAAGAGGAAGAGGAAGAGGAAGAAGAAGAAUUUAUUCCUACUUUUGGUAACAAAGCAGAAUCACAAGUUAAUAAUACUGAUACAUUGAGAACCUUAUUUAAUCCGAACCAGGUGACCUCAGAGCCUCAAGAAUCCCAGUUCAAAUUGGCCCUUUCGGAAGAGGACGAAGAUAUCGAUGAUGAAAAAGAAGUGGACUUAUCCCAGCAAAAGGAAUUAUUAGAUAAAAUCAAAUCAAAGCAGCAGCAAGAGGCCGAGGAAAUCCUAACUUUGAGGGCCAAAAAAUACGGUUUGUUCUGGUCCCACUCUGACUCUCCUUUCUUGCAAUCUCAAUCACAAUUGAACAAGGUUAGUGGCUCUAAAGAUUUGGUCAAAUUGCCUGGUGAAGCUGAAUCCCUUAUCAGUAAUGCUGAAGGUGAAUCACCUUACGAACAAUGGUUUUGGAAGAUGAGAGGUGAGUUCUCUCGUGAAUGCAAGAGACGUAAAAGAGAUGUUUUAAGAAUUUUCAAGAAGAAGACUACUAAAAAUCCAGUUAUAUAG